AUGAUGUCCCUUGCAGCCCGUUCGGGGGUCUUCUCCCCGUACAUGCAGGCUACCGCGUACACAGUGGCCGGGCCUCUCAAGCCCCUGGUCCCGGGGGUCGUGGUGAAGAGCGAAAAGAUUUUAAUUGAUCCGAAAAAGCCUCUACUUUGCCGCGAGUCGAUGAACGGCCAGUGCCCGAGAACAGGCCCCGCCAUCUCCGUCAGCAUCAACGGCCGAGCAGGAGUCCGCUUCGCCCACACAGACUUGCGCAUACCUGACUUCUCCGACUACAGACGCCCUGAGGUGCAGGAUCCAAACAAAUCCUCCCAGGGGAGCAGCGAGUCCCGCCGCUCCUUCUCCUACGUCCUCACUGGGGCCACCACCGUGGUCGGCCUGUAUGCUGCCAAAACUGUGGUCACCCAGUUUGUCUCGUCCAUGAGCGCCUCUGCAGACGUCCUGGCCCUGUCAAAGAUCGAAGUCAAGCUCACAGACAUCCCAGAAGGCAAGAACAUGACCUUCAAAUGGAGGGGCAAGCCGCUGUUCGUCCGCCACCGCACGGAGAAGGAGAUCGCCUCCGAGGCUGCGGUCAACCUGGCAGAGUUGCGUGACCCGGAGCAUGACAAAGACCGCGCCAUCAACCCCAAGUGGGUGAUUGUGCUGGGGGUGUGCACACAUCUUGGGUGCGUGCCCAUCGCCAACGCCGGAGACUUUGGCGGAUAUUACUGCCCCUGCCACGGCUCGCACUACGACGCUUCGGGUCGCAUCAGGAAAGGUCCUGCGCCACUCAAUCUAGAGGUUCCGUUCUACGAGUUCCCAGACGAUGACACGGUGAUUGUAGGAUAA